UAUCACACUAAAACAGGAUAAUAAUGGUGCAUUAUGGAUCAUAUGUUUUAGUGAACCAUUUUGUGAUGAAAUUAUAACCAAUCCCUGCAUAAAAACAUAAGAGCAAGUUGAAUUACAAGGGAAUGAGUGUCACUGGUAAGUGGAGGAGCUUAGAACGCUUCGUCUAUGGCAGAUCCAGCUAACACACUCGCUGCUGCCAGCACUAGCCGCCGCAAGCGUGUGCUGCCAACGCAGCCACGUUCUGAGGCCAAGCGCCUUCGGACUUCCUCUCAAGAAGAUCACAGUCCUGAAAGUAAACCUACGGUUUCCAGGAACACACACAAAACUAAAGGUGGAAAAUCUGGGCAAUCAAAUAGUAAAAAAUCAGAACAGUCUGAACUUACGAACUUGAAGUCACGCUCGCAAGGUGAACUUCCCUCAACAUCUACUAGCAAAGACAAGAAGAAGAUCGAAAUUCCUAUACCUCCUUUUAAAUCCAGAAGGCCAUCAAUUAGAUACCAAAAAACCGAUUCAGAGCAACCAGUUAGCUUAGAACUUGAACAGAGAACCAAAAGAAACGCAAAACAUAGUAUAGACCUUAACCAUAAGCAGAAUAACAUAGAUAUUAGUUUUAAAAAUAAUAACACUGAACCUUCUAGUUCGUUAAGUAAAAUUUCAUCAGAAAUUGGAAAGAAACAUAAACUUAAGAAACACAGGAAAAGCUCAAGUUCGCCCAGCAGCUCCAGGGUUAAACUUGAAGAAAAAACGGAGGAAGAUAAAUUACAUAAAUCUGAGAAAUACAAUCUAAGCUCUGAAAAAAUAGGUGGUAAUUUGAAAGAGAAAACUAAAAAACUUGAAAAACAUAAACACAAAGGAAACUCAAGCUUUAACCUAAAAGUGAAUCAUUCUAUUUCUGGGGACGACAACUCGGAAGCUAGUACUUCCAGUGCUAAUCAUACAUACCCACAGAUCCACAACCACAAAUAUCCAUUAAGAAGUCAGAGUAAACCUUCAGUGAGCAACAGUUCCCAUAACAAUAAUAUACAAACGAGAAAAUCAUUGCCUGAGCGUGGAAAACGAGAAUUUGUAGCACUGGGGGCGAGCAGUAGCCAGCCGACGACAAGGGACACUUCAGAGCCCGCCCGCCUCACACGCAGUGGAGCAGUGCUGAGGCGCAGCACCCGCAACAGCAAAGGGCACAACACAACAACGGGUUCCUGUGCAAGCUCAAGUGGCGCAAGUGGCAGCGGCAGCAGCUCGAGAAGAGCAGCAAGGCAGCAAAAGGUUGGUUCAGCAGCACCAGCCCUCCUCUCGGCUCCUGCAACUCACGCUGCCGCAGCCAUGGCCGCCGAUCAACCCGAAAUACCCAAUAACGGGCUUUCUGCAUCCGAAGAACCGCCUUCACCUCAAGAAGCUACACAAGCUUUACCAGCUAGUGGAGGCCCUUCUGGGCCUGGUGCAGAUUCAGAGAGUGAUGAUAGUGAAGUAGGACGAUUGCAAGCUCUGUUAGAAGCUAGAGGGCUACCACCACAUCUUUUUGGGGCUCUAGGACCAAGAAUGCAGCAUUUGCUGCAUAGAAGUAUGGGAACAAAUAAUUCUGUAGCAAGAGCUCAAGCCCUUAUUCCUGGUCUUCAGGCCACUGGUGAUGAGGGACAACAAUUACAAGCUGUCAUUGAGAUGUGUCAAGUUUUAGUUAUGGGAAAUGAGGAGAUAUUGACAGGAUUUCCUGUUAAGCAAGUUGUACCGGCACUAAUUACAUUAUUGGGAAUGGAGCAUAAUUUUGACAUCAUGAACCAUGCUUGUCGAGCUUUAACUUACAUGAUGGAAGCUUUACCAAGAUCAUCAGCGGUUGUUGUGGAUGCGGUACCUGUAUUUCUAGAAAAACUGCAGGUAAUCCAGUGCAUGGAUGUAGCAGAGCAGUCCCUGACAGCUUUAGACAUGCUAUCCAGAAGACACUCAAAGGCUAUUCUUCAAGCACGUGGUGUGUCGGCUUGUCUGACUUACUUAGACUUCUUCUCGAUAAAUGCCCAACGCAACGCACUCUCAAUAACAGCAAACUGUUGUCUGAACUUAACAUUAGAAGAGUUUCAGUAUGUCCAGGAAUCGUUACCUCUGCUCGCAUCCAGGCUUACGCAGCAAGAUAAGAAAUGCGUCGAAAGUGUAUGUUUGGCAUUUUCUCGGCUAGUUGACAGUUUUCAGUUGGAACCGACGCGUCUCCAGGAAAUUGCAAGUACUGAGUUACUGACGAAUUUGCAGCAACUACUGGUCGUGACUCCCCCCAUUAUCAGCACAGGAACCUUUAUAACUGUUCUUAGAAUGUUGUCGGUCAUGUGCGCUAAUUGCCCAGAUCUAGCUCUGACUCUCCUCAAGCAGAAUAUUGCUGAAACUCUUCUGUACUUAUUGACCGGUUCAGUGGAAGUUAAUCAGGAUGAUGUAGAGCUGAUACCGAGGCAACCUCAGGAACAGUUUGAAAUUACGGCACUCAUUGGUGAACUGAUGCCAAAACUGCCAACUGAUGGAAUAUUUGCAGUUGAUGCUUUAUUGGAGAGACCCUCUAGCAUUGCCAAAGAUCAACCAGUUUGGCAAUGGAGAGAUGACCGCGGUCUCUGGCAUCCUUACGGUGCUGUGGAUUGUCGUAUUAUCGAAGCGGCUCAUUUAAAUGGUGAUGACGAAGUGAGUCUCAACACUUUAGGAAGAAUUUAUACUAUAGACUUCCAUUCUAUGCAGCAAAUUAAUGAGGAUACUGGGACAUCGAGACCUGUUCAACGUAGAUUCACACCGACAAGUGUUCAGUCUAGUCCCGCAGAACCUUCUCAAACUUCAAGCAGGCCUUUAUCAGCGAGCCGUGAUGCCCGUGUCGCGUGCCUGAGGGAAGAGAGAGGUUUGGCAGCGGCAUUUAUAAGAUCUCUGUUCUCGGUUCUAUAUGAGGUAUAUUCAUCAAGUGCGGGACCGGCGGUAAGGUGUAAGUGUUUAAAGGCACUUUUAAGAAUGGUGUAUUACGCAAGUCCGGAACUAUUAAAAGACGUUUUAAAAAAUCAAAUCGUUAGUAGUCAUAUCGCCGGUAUGAUGGCAUCUAGUGAUUUAAGGAUUGUAGUGGGUGCUUUACAAAUGGCAGAGAUUCUAAUGACUAAGUUACCUGAAGAAUUUGGUGUUCAUUUUAGAAGAGAAGGUGUUUUGCAUCAGAUAAACCGACUGGCAGAUCCAGAGGUUCCUUUAGGAGUAAGCCCUCCCAAGUCUAGUUGCAGCUCGACGUCAUUUUCUUCUGCUUUAAACGAGUCUCAACCGGGAACCUCUCAGCCAUCCAGUAGUACGAGUUUGCAGACAGCAAAUGGUUCUGCUUCUUUAGGAAGUACACCUGUUUCUUCCACCAUGUACUCCUCUACACCUUAUACCCAACGUCUGCAGGAUUCAGAUACCCGUUCGCCUAGUCCUUCUCAUGUCCGUCUCAGUGAUGUUCUCAAAAGAAAAAGGGUUACGAAACGAGCGAGUGGCACUAGCAGGUCGAAAACAAGGCAUGAGGAUCUUCCUCUGUCGCCUUCAUUAAUGCAAGAUUUGUUUACUAAAGCGGCUUCACUGGGUAACUCCACACCAAGCAACCCUUCGCGGCCCAGAUAUUCUGGUUCCAGUUCCAAAACGAGUUUUCUACAAAGUCUCAAUCCUGCUAGAUGGGGUAGAAGCAUGAAUUCCUCUCAUGAUCGUAACUAUAGUAAAGAUUCUUUAAAUAAUUUGUCAAAGUCCGCUUCAAAUUCAAAUAUUACAGCUGGAAACCGUGAAAAGACCAGGACUUGGAUAAGGGAGCAGGCUUCUAAAUUUAUCGAGUCGUACUCUGGAAGUGAGGACGAAUCCCAUCCAGCAACGAGUGUGAUCAUUCGUCUCAAGUUAGCCAUUGAUAAACUGUCUACAACUAAAUGUGGUGAUGCUCUGAUAGAACUUAGGGAAAUACUUAUGGAAUCGGAUAUAUCUCCCUUCGAAGUAAAUUAUUCGGGUCUUAUCAAGGCGCUGCUCUCCUUUUUAGCAGAUAUAAAUGGGCCUUAUGACAGGGAUCAGAGGCUUAGAAUUUUGCUAAACGUAUUUGCAGGGUGUCCUUUAGAGUACAAUGUGACAAGUAUCGGUGAAUUAAAUUCGACAUGGAUGAGUGCCCUUGUGGCCAAACUGAAUGGCUGUGUUUCGCAAUUGGAACAGUUUCCAGUUAAAGUUCAUGACCUCCCCGCCAGUUCAGGUGCCGGGCGGGGUGGAACUAGCGCUCUGAAAUUUUUCAAUACCCACCAGCUGAAGUGCAACCUUCAAAGACAUCCAGACUGUUCCAACUUGAAGCAGUGGAAAGGCGGCACAGUUAAAAUAGAUCCCUUGGCCCUCGUGCAGGCAAUAGAACGCUACUUGGUAGUUAGAGGGUACGGUAGACUUAGAGAUAAAGAUAGCGCUGAUAGUGACGAUGGCGAUUCCGAUGAUGAUAUAGAUGAUACUUUAGCUGGAGUUGUGAUAUCACAAACUGGAACCAGGCACAAGUUACAGUUCCUUAUAGGUAAUAAUGUGCUCCCAUAUAACAUGACUGUUUACCAGGCUGUGAGACAAUUUAGUAAUAAUGGCAAUGAUCAGAGUGAGACAGACACAGAUAAUGAAACUCCUUUAGGUAAUGCUGGAAUUUGGGUCCAAACACAUGUAAUUUAUUAUAGACCAUUAAAAGAAGAACCUACAUCAUCAGGAAGAAGUAGUAAUGUUACUUCAUCAAGUCACUCAAGUCGAAAAGGGAAAGGGUCUUCCAGUAAAAGUACUUCAAGACGUAAAGGAGAUGAUCUAUGGAAUGAAGGAGUUACCCCUCCAAUACAAUCUCCUUUGUCGCCAUUUUUGGUUACUCAGCUUCCUGAAUCUGUUACUAUUCAAGACGCCUCCUUGGAAGUUUUAUGCUUAUUACGAAUCCUCAACGCACUCAACAUGUACUGGAGCACCCUAUAUCCUACCGUAGAAUACAAGCCUAUACUACCAAUUUCUGAAUUUUUAAACAGCAAAAUAGCUGCCAAAGCCAGUCGUCAGCUCCAGGACCCUCUAGUCAUCAUGACAGGAAAUCUGCCAAACUGGUUGCAACAAAUAGCAUCGGUGUGUCCCUUCUUAUUCCCGUUUGAAACACGUCAACUUCUCUUCUAUGCAACUUCUUUCGAUAGAGACCGUGCCUUACAAAGGUUGCUCGAUAUGUCGCCGGAGUUGAGCUCGAGCGAUUCUCAAGAGCGGGUAACGCCCAGAUUAGACAGACGGAAACGUACAAUAUCCAGGGACGACAUUUUAAAACAGGCGGAGCAGGUGAUGCAGGAUUUGGCUACGUCUAAGGCCUUGUUAGAAGUGCAAUACGAAAAUGAAGUUGGUACCGGUCUUGGACCAACUCUAGAAUUUUACGCUUUAGUCUCUAAGGAGUUGCAAAAAACUAGCUUAGAAUUGUGGAAUGCGCCUGGCUCAAGUGAGAACGAGUACGUUCAUAACCCCGUCGGCCUAUUCCCCAUUCCUUUGUCGAGAGGAGCGAAAGUCAGUCAAAUAACCAGAAUUAAAAGCAAGUACAGAUUUAUGGGGAAGUUUAUGGCUAAAGCCGUCAUGGAUUCUAGAAUGCUCGAUCUUCCAUUUUCUGUAACAUUCUACCGGUGGUUAUUAGGACAAGAACACUGUUUAACUUUAGCAGAUUUGAAACAUGUAAAUCCAGAUAUAUAUAAGACUCUUCGCAAAAUGCACAACAUUGUGAGACAAAGAGAUGAGAUUCUGUUAAGAACUGAUCUAACCGAAGAGGAAAAGAAUGAAGAGUUGGAGAAACUAGAAUUUGAUGGAUGUUUAGUUGAGGAGUUAGGUAUAGAUUUCGUAAUUCCCGGCCACAAUGUUGAUUUAAUGAAAAAUGGUAAAUCAACACAUGUAACCGUACAUAACCUACAUCUUUACGUUAAGCUCAUGACUCAUUGGAUACUGCAUGAGGGAGUAAACCGUCAAAUGGAAUCUUUACGUGAAGGCUUCGAGUCAGUAUUCCCACUACAAAAUCUCCGGGUGUUUCAACCUGAAGAAUUAGAGUCCGUAUUCUGUGGCAGUCCCAAGGACUACAACUUAGGAUGGGACGUGAAAACUCUUAUGGAAUGUUGUAGGCCAGAUCAUGGAUAUAAUGCUGAUUCUAAGGCAAUUCGGUUUCUGUUUGAAGUGUUGAGCUCUUACAAUAGAGAAGAGCAAAGGAUGUUUGUUCAGUUCUUAACUGGAAGUCCUCGACUCCCUGUAGGAGGUUUUAAGGCAUUAUCUCCUCCAUUAACUGUAGUACGGAAGACCUUGGAACCAAAUAUGAAUCCAGACGACUUCCUUCCAUCUGUGAUGACAUGUGUGAACUACCUCAAACUACCAGACUAUUCUAGUAUCGAAGUUAUGCGAGAAAAAUUACAUUUAGCGGCUUCUGAAGGACAACACUCUUUUUAUUUAUCAUAAAAAUGUACUAGAGGUAUUACAAAAAAAUAUCGUCAACUAAAGUGUAAUUUAUAAUAUAUAUAGUGAUGAGUCACCCAUAAACUUCGAAUAAUUUAAUAUAUUUCACUUAUAGCCCCCCAUAUAGUGGGUUAAGGUGUCUACUAUUAUUAUAUUGCUGUAAAAUUAAUUUAUUUUUAAAUAAUCGAAGAAUUUCUUUUAAUUAUUAGUAAAACAAAUUGUUUAA